ACUAUACACGCUCCACCUCCCCCUCGUUUGAUUCUCACACAGUCACACUUUUACAUCAACUUUUUUUUGUCGCUUUGAUGUGCAAUUCAUAAAAGACGAAAAAGGGGACAUUAUUCUCCAAUAACAUUUGGUCUUUUCAUUUCUUAAUUAUAAACGGCCCUUCAUUGAUUUUCAUUAUUAUUCAACUAAUACUCCCUUAAAUCAACAUCAAAAUUCAAAAUUGAUGAUUUCGAAUUGCGUUCGUGAUCAUUGAUUUAGGCAGAGAAAAAAAUGGGGCAUGGAAGCUCAAAAGAUUUAUCAUCAUCAACAUCAUCUCAUAGUCGCAGGGAAAGGUUGCGGCAGAAGCUGCGGCGGGUUGUCCGGCGAGAUAGUCGUUCGAAGGGUUCUGGCUCUGGUUCUGGUUCUGGUUAUGGUAAUGGGUUUAAGCUUGUUUCCGCCGAUGAUUUCGCCGGAAUUGCUCUCCUUACUCUCAUUUCUGCAAAGAUGACUUUUAAGGACAAGUGGUUGGCUUGUGUUUCGCUUGGAGAACAGACAUUCCGCACAAACAUCACCGAUCAAACAGAAGAGCCUGUUUGGAACUCUGAAAAGAAAGUUCUUCUUGAAAGCAACGGGCCUCGUAUUGCUAGAGUAUCUGUCUAUGAGACCAACUUGUUGAAGAAGAACAAUCUCAUAGGUUACUGUGACAUAGACCUGUUUCUAUUUCUAACUCAGGAUUCAGAUUCUGAUGUAGUCGAAGUUGAUCUCUUGGAUCCAUCCUCGAACGACAUUGUGGCUGGCAAACUAUCUUUCUCGUGUUUUGUCGAGGAUCCAGAAGAAACGGAGAAGGAUUUUGCACGGCGCAUACUAUCUAUUGUGGAUUAUAAUGAAGAUGGUUAUCUUUCUCUCUCUGAAUUCUCUGAGUUGAUUGAUGCAUUUGGAAAUCAAAUUGCAGCUAAUAAGAAACAAGAGCUUUUCAAGUAUGCGGAUAAAAACGGGGAUGGUGUUGUUAGCAUCGAUGAAUUGGCUUCCCUCCUUGCUCAUCAUCAAGAAAAGGAACCACUCAUAAACACCUGUCCUGUUUGUGGAGAGCUCCUUGAUGCUUCCAAUCGGGUUGGCAGUAUGGUUCAUAUGACUUUGUGUUUCAAUGAAGGGACAGGAAAUAAUGCCAUGAGUGGGGGCUAUUUAACAGAUAAACAGGCUUCAUAUGGAUGGCUACUCAAACUGAGUGAGUGGGCACACUACUCUUCUUAUGGCAUUGGCUUGCACUCAGGUUCAAAGGCAGGACAUAUUCUGGUUUUUGAUCGUACAACAAAGAGGCUGGUGGAGGAACUAAUUGAUGCAAAGAUUAUUUUGGCAAUGAGAUCCCUAUAUCAAAAUAAGCCGGGGCUUUUCUUUCUUGGAAAAGGAGGCAAGGAAAUUAUGCAAAAACUCUCUGAAAAACAGGGUGAAAAAAUGAACUCGGCUGAUUCUACAAAAGAGAUACCAAAAUUCAUUGAACUUUUCAAGGAUCAGCUGAACUUAUCUGAUAUGAAAUACCCUUUGAAUCAUUUUAAGACCUUCAAUGAAUUUUUCAUUAGGGAAUUGAAGCCUGGUGUAAGACCCAUUGCCUUCAUGGAUCGAGAUGAUACCGCAGUAUGUGGUGCUGAUUCUCGUCUAAUGGCUUUUAAAAAUGUUGAAGAGAGCACCAGAUUCUGGAUCAAGGGUCGAAAGUUCUCUAUUCAAGGUCUAUUGGGAAAUGAUGUUUCUGUCAGGCCUUUCAUUGGUGGAGCAUUGGUGAUAUUUCGGUUGGCUCCUCAGGAUUAUCAUCGUUUUCAUUUACCAGUUUCGGGGACCAUUGAGCGGUUUGUUCAUAUACCUGGGAGCUUAUACACUGUAAACCCAAUAGCUGUAAAUAGCCUUUGCGAUGUCUUUACAGAGAAUAAGAGAGCUGUGUCUAUAAUUUCAACUGCAUAUUUCGGAAAGGUAGCUUUUGUUGCGAUUGGAGCAACAAUGGUUGGCAGCAUUACUUUUACUAAGGAAGAGGGUGACUAUGUUCAGAAAGGAGAGGAGUUUGGGUACUUCUCAUUUGGUGGAAGCACUGUAAUUUGUGUCUUUGAGAAGGACAUGAUAAAACUGGAUGAAGAUCUCCUAGACAAUAGUAGCCGAUCACUUGAGACUUUGGUUCGUGUAGGAAUGACACUAGGUUUAUCCACCAAAACAAAUGUACAAUAAAGCUAUUGGCUACCGACUUGUUCCCCGAUUCAGUGUGGGACAGUUCAGUAAACCUAAGAUGAGCUUGUGUGUUGCUUCUGUGGAUGAGUGUUCAUAUACAAUUUUAGUUUUCGUAGUUGUGGUAAUAAACCAAUAACAGAGGAAUUGUCUAGCUCAGUGCUUAUAAUGAAGUUCUGAAGUACUACAAGGUAUAAAUUAGUGUUCAAGGUUUUCUGACAUUUACAACAGAUAAUUUACUCCCCCUAUUGUGUGAA